AAUGGGGGAUUGGGGGUCAGGCCUAAGGUGCUCACUUAGCCCUCCCCUUACCAUUGGUUCUCUCAGGUGUCAGCAGGCCUGCAGAAAGAGUGAAAGUCUCUUCACAGCACCCCCAGAGGCCCCUCCUGAGGAGCCCAAACCUGUGGAGAUGUGUCUUCACCACUGCCACAGGGAGCCCACCCCGCAGCAGGGGCUGACCCCCGAGAGACUGCAGGCCCGCAGGCAGCUGUGUGCCGCCUGCGCCGUGUGCUGCCUCUUCAUGGCUGGAGAGGUGGUCGGUGGGUAUCUGGCGCACAGCCUGGCCAUUAUGACCGACGCAGCCCACCUGCUGGCGGACGUGGGCAGCAUGAUGGCCAGCCUCUUCUCCCUUUGGCUCUCCACCCGUCCAGCCACUCGCACUAUGACCUUUGGCUGGCACCGCUCAGAGACGCUGGGGGCGCUGGCCUCUGUGGUCUCCCUAUGGGUGGUCACAGGCAUCCUCCUGUACCUGGCCUUCAUCCGCCUGCUGCACAGCGACUACCACAUCGAGGGGGGUGCCAUGCUGCUGACCGCCAGCAUCGCCGUCUGUGCCAAUCUGCUGAUGGCCUUUGUGCUGCACCAGGCGGGGCCCCCCCACAGCCACGGGUCUAGGGGGUCUGAAUAUGCGCCACUGGAGGAGGGGCCCGGGGAGCCCCUGCCCCUGGGGAACACCAGCGUCCGGGCAGCCUUUGUGCACGUGCUGGGGGACCUCCUGCAGAGCCUCGGGGUCCUGGCGGCCUCCAUCCUCAUCUACUUCAAGCCUCAGUACAAGGCAGCUGACCCCAUCAGCACCUUCCUCUUCUCCAUCUGUGCCCUCCCCACUCCGAGAACGGUAUGGAGACACUUCAUCCUCCCUUCCCGCCGCCCCGUGAGCUCGAAGGGUCUGAGCGCCAGGGCCAACCAGCCCCGCCCCGCCAAGGGGUGCUGGCGCUUCCAGGCCCUCCUGGGCCAAGCUCGAGGCUGGGGGGGCCGCGCUCCCACGGACCCAGGGGUCCUGGUGCCGGGGCCGGGAGAGAAGGCGUGUGGGGGCAAUGGGUAG